AUGCAUAAUCAAAUUCCUCAACAGGAGACUAAUGGUGUGGAGAUCCUUGUUCAGAAUUCUGUGGAAUCUCAGAAUUUAUGUAAGAUCACUGGUGCAGAAGGUGAUCUUGUGGAUGUUGUAGAAGGUGUUGUCGGAGAGGUUCUUGUAAAUCCUAUUUUUGUGGCUCAAGUCAACCCUUCUAUAGGUGGUUCUAGUUUAGAGUUAUGUACUUGGAAGAUAUUUAGAGCUGCUUUGACUACUGAUGUUACGGUGAGAAGUGUGGGGGUAGCAAUGCCCAACAUGUGUGAUUUGAGUGGUAUGGAGGAGGAGUCUAUUUCUCAUGUUUUUGUUAGCUAUUCUAUUGCUCAUGCUCAGUGGUGCAGAUUGUCUGCCAUUAUUGGUUCUGGAAUACUUGAAGGAGAAUCUCCUAUCUAUAGAUUUUUUGGCUCCUUUGCUGUUAAGUCUGGUGAAAGUGUGGAUUUCUCUGGUAAUGGCAUUUUUCUAGUUGCUGGUAGAUUACUCUUGCAACAGGAUCAGAGUAAGAGACCCUUUGUCAGGUUGGUCAGAAGGGUGCUAUGUGAACAAAGGUAUGGGAUUGGUUGA